AGUAAAUCUUAAAAGGCACUAUCAUACCUCCCAUUUUUUCUAAUCUCGUCACAUCUGCAAAUCUGUCUUCCUUGCCCAAGCUUACUUACAUCAAUCAAAAACAGCAACAACCAUGGCCGACUACCCACGCCCCGACUUUAUUCACGAAGACCUUACAUGGACCUCUCUUGAUGGCCCAUGGAACUUCCUGUUCGACGACAACGAUGUCGGCUUAACGCAAGGCUGGCAUCUGAAGGGCCUCCCAGCUGAAGUUCCUGUGAACCCAACCAACACCAACAGCGCUGAGAAUACCGAAGCGCAAAGCAUCACGGCUAAAAUCGCGACCGGAACUCAAGAUUUAUUGCAAGGCAACCAAUUUUCAAGACACGAAGCUGUAGUGCACAAAAAAAGAGACAUUCAAGUUCCAUAUGUGUUCCAAUGCCCCGCUUCUGGAAUCAACGACAAGGGUGUGCACGAGGUGUUGUGGUACGAGCGAGACGUCGCCGACCUACGUAAAGACGAAAGUAAAGCCGCUGGUAACCGUGUGAUAUUGAGGUUUGCAGCGGUAGAUUAUAAAGCGAAAGUCUGGGUUGGUGGCCAUUUCCUCGGUGGUCAUCGUGGCGGCCAUGUUCCGUUCGACAUUGACAUCACCGAUGCGUUUGCAAGUGGCACUGUUCAAAGACUUACUGUAAGAGUUUUCGACUCGGCACAUGACUUGUCACAACCUCGGGGCAAACAAUAUUGGAAAGCACAGCCGGAGAGCAUCUUCUAUACACCAAGUGGAGGUAUUUGGCAGAGUGUAUGGCUUGAGCUCGUGCCUGGUGUGAGGGUUGGGGACGCGAGCGCAGGAACCGUGCUGAGGAGUAAUGACAUCGAAAGUGGGCAGUUGCACGCCAGUGUCAAAAUACUAGGGCGACCUGCUGGGUACGAUUACAGCGUAGAGCUUGAAGCUAGCCUAGGAGGUAUCCUGGUGAGCAAGACUGAUAAAAUCCAACUCCCGCGCGACUCAAACACCGUGUCGCUUACGGCAAACAUGCGGCUCUCCGACGAGCAGACAUCGCAUUUACCGAACGGAGUUAUAGAGAACACGCCAUUAGGGGACGACUCCUGUUGGCUCAAGGGCGUUGCGCUAUGGUCGCCCGAACAUCCAACUCUGUAUGAUCUCGUCAUUCGCCUCUACGACUCCGCCGGCAACCCGAUAGACACAGUAAAAGUUACUACGGGUAUGCGCUCUUUGCAUUGGGACACGAAUACCUUCCGGCUCAACAACCGCCCCUAUUUCCAAGCGCUAUUUCUCGACCAGGGUUACUGGCCCGAAACAUUCAUGACGCCGCCCUCUUCAGACGAUUUGAAGAAAGAUAUCGAGCUGAGCAAGCGCAUGGGUUUCAACGGCUGCCGCAAACACCAAAAGGUGGAAGAUCCGCGAUUUCACUACUGGGCCGAUCGUCUCGGCUUCCUGGUAUGGGGUGAGAUGGCGAAUGCAUACGCUUUUAGUGCAGAGUAUAUGGAGAGGUUUGACGCGGAGUGGCGGGAAGCAGUAAUGAGAGAUCGAAAUCAUCCAUGUGUGGUUGCGUGGACGCCGGUGAAUGAAUCAUGGGCCUACACUGACCUGGCCGGAAACAAGCAACAACGAGAUCACAUCCGCAGCCUAUAUUUCGCGACAAAGGUCCUCGAUCCGACAAGGCCCGUCAAUGAUAACUGCGGAUGGGAACACGUCUACACCGACCUGACUACCUUCCACGACUACUCUGAUGGCGACCUGCUUACCAAAACUUGCUCCACAUUACCUGGCAUCCUGGCGCCAAAAUCUAAUCGACCAAUUUUUCUCCCCCUAAUUGAGUCUUCUGACCCCGGCUCAUCGCAUCAAGAAGGCGCACCAAUUCUCUGCACAGAGUUCGGCGGGAUAAAUAUUGCACGCUCGGCCGCCGACAAGGACAGGAAACGAGACUGGGGCUACACCACCGCGACCUCCUCCAGCGACCUACUCACGCGCAUCGAGAAGAUGAUGACAGGGAUAGUCUAUGGAGGCUAUAUAUGCGGGUUUGUGUACACGCAAUUGACGGAUAUAGAGCAGGAGGUGAAUGGGUUAUAUACGCCGGAAAGGCAGGAGAAAUUGGAUGCGGGGGAGGUGAGGAGAAUUGUGGAGGGUGUCAAGGAGAAGUAUACUGAGAUGCAUAAAUAGCUUCUUGUAUGGGGAUUAGUGAAGUUCGACAUAAUCAUAUGACCCUUCAAGGAUAUGACUGCUCAGAGCUUACCAGAUCUCGAAGUAGAAGUCGCGGAGGUCGAUUCUCACAGUAGGAGUUGAAUCAAGUGUAAUGCAAGUCUAUUGUAUUCUAUAAGGCGUCAUGUCAUCGCCUUUGAUGUAUCUUCGUGUUGAAGGAAGUGCACUCGUGGCUAUCUAUCCGUUCCUCAGCCAAUAGCCAAUGACCAUGCUUCAUACAAGUUUGCCUUGAUGCAUGUUUAAACCACGCCCAGGCA